AUGCGCGUUCUCUCAAUCCUCACCGCUGUGGCCUCGGCCGCCUUCGUGGCUGCGAACCCUGUUCCCCGUCAGGUCACCAACUAUGUUGGCUACCUUAUUUCGACGUUCAGUGAUGCCAACCCCAAGGUUCAAUUUCACCUGUCAAACGGGAACAGCGCUUCGAGCUUCAAGUUCUUGAACAAGGGACAGCCCGUCCUCACUUCAACAGUCGGCACGAAGGCGGUCCGCGACGUGUUCCUGACGACCAAUGCUGCUCGAUCCGAAUGGUACAUCAUUGCCACAGAUCUCGAUAUCAACGCCUCUGGCUUCAACUGGGACAAGGCCACGCGGACCGGCAGCCGUGGUAUUGUUGUCUGGAAGUCGACUAACUUGAUUGACUGGUCUGCCCCCACUCUGAGAAUCGUCGAAGCCGACACGGCUGGUAUGGUUUGGGCGCCCUCUGCCGUCUGGGAUGCCGACAAGGCCCACUGGUACGUCUUCUGGGCGUCUAGACACUACCGCUCAACCGACACCGGUCACACCGGCACCGCAACGCUUGAUCGAAUUCGCUACACGGCCACCAAGGACUUUGUCACUUUCAGCGCCGCCCGAGACUACGUUGCCCUCGCCGACACCCCUCUCAUUGACCAAGAGUUCCAGUAUCUCGGCACACCUGGAAGCUUUGCUCGCUUCCUGAAGAACGAGACUACCAACCAAGUCUACCAGGAGGUUACCACCGGUGGUCUCUUUGGAACCUGGACGCGUAUUCCGGGAUAUGUUCGGAACGAGAGCCCGCGUGAGGGCCCCGCAGCAUUCGCGGAUAACACGACGCCCGGCCUGUACCAUCUUUUGCUCGACGAUUACACACAAUAUGUGCCCUUCCAGACGAGCAACAUCCAAUCACCUAACUGGCAGGCUUCAAGUACCUCUGGGUUUCCAAGCGGAUUGAAGCAUGGAUCAGUCACACCGUUAACGCAGACUGAGUGGAACGCCCUCAACUCUAGAUUUGCCGCCUGA